AUGUCGGCCGCUUCCACAUCGGCCCCCGUGCCAGCCACCAACGGCGCAGUAGCACCCGCAGCAGCCUCGUCCUCCUCUUCUGCCGCCGCGUCAUCCUCCAAGCCCGCCGUCCAGGCUUCCGAGGUCGGCUGGCUCUUUGUGCCGCAGUACUACACCUUCCUCAACCAGAACCCCGGCCGCCUCCACUGCUUCUAUACGAAGAAGUCCACCCUCCUCCACGGCACCGAGCAGGAGACCAGCGAACCGUGCUUUGGCCAGCAGCAAAUCCACGACAAGAUCACCUCGCUCGGCUUCGAGGAUGCCAAGGUUUUCGUCUCCAACGUCGACUCGCAGUCGUCGGCCAGCGGCGGCAUCCUGAUCCAGGUUUUGGGCGAGAUGUCCAACAAGGGCGGCCCGUGGAGGAAGUUUGCCCAGACAUUCUUCCUCGCCGAGCAGCCCAACGGCUACUACGUCCUUAACGACAUCUUCCGCUACCUUAAGGACGAAGACGAGGUCGAGCAGGAGGCCACCGACGUCGACGAGGCCAUCCAGAACGAGAUUGACGAGGCCGAGAAGAACGGCACCGAGGUCGUCCACCAGGCCGAGAUCAACAACAUCGGCCAGCCCGGCGCCACCCCGCACAUCCCCAGCGCCAAGAGCAUCGAGGCCGCCGCGGGCCCCACGGCCGCCAUCGCCGACGCGCCGACCAACGACAGCGUCGCCGCCGUCGACGAGGUCAAGGACGACGAGGCCACCAUCGAGGAGGUCAAGCCCCAGGAGGCCGAGGCGCCCGCCCCCACGGCCGAGAGGCCCAAGGUCAACGGCACCGAGGCGACCGAGGCAACCCCGGACCAGGUCGGCGUCGACAAGAAGGUCACCACCGCCACCGCCGAGGAGGUCGCCCCGGCCAAGCCCGCUGGUGUCGCUGCCGCUGAGCAGGAGGCUCCUGCCGCCGCCCCCGCCAAGUCGGACGCCAGUGCGCCCGCGCCCCCCAAGACCUGGGCCAACCUGGCCGCCUCCGACGUCAGCCGCUGGGGCUCGACCGUGUCGGCCGAGGUCAAGGGUGUGUCGUCGUCGCGACCCGCUGCUGCUGCCGCUGCCGCCGCCACUGGCAACAAGUCUGCCGGUGGUGCCGCCGCCGCAGUUGGCAAGGCAGGUGGUGCCGGUGUUGCCUCGCCCGCGUCGGGCGCUGGCCAGAACCACGGCCACGUCUUUAUCAAGAAUGUCGUCGCCGAGCACGUCCAGGAGGCCUCGCUGCGCCAGGCGCUCGAGGGCCAGUUUGGCCCGCUCAAGGAGUGCUCGGUGAUCCCGACGCGCGCCUGCGCGUUUGCCGAGUUUGCCAACGCCGAGCACGCCCGCAAGGCGGUCGCUAUGAGCCUGCCGACGUCGAUGGGCGGCCAGGGCGGCAUCGUCGUCGGCAAGGACCGCUGGAAGGUUGUCGUCGAGGAGAAGAAGAAGCCCGCUGACCGUCCCCAGGGCGGCCGCGAUGGCCCGCGUGCGGGUGGCCCUGGUGGCGCCCGUGGCGGCGCCGGUGCUGGCCGUGGCGCUGCCAAUGGUGGCCGCGGUGGAGCUGCUGGCGGACGCGGAGGCGCUGCCGUCCGACGUGGUGGUGCCGCCGGCAACUGA